UGACCAUGUGAUUAACAUCCAUUUAUGUUACAGUAUGUAUGGAGGUAAGUAAAUCAGUAUCUAUAAGGGGUUUGAUUAAGGGUGUCGAGGGUGCGCUCAGCGUUAACCGGGGGUGCUGCUAAAGUAAUUAGGGCCUAAUAGAGCGUUGAGGACACGAAUAUCCUGUUAGAGGGAUUUACGGACAGCCGACUAAUUACAAUGGAAUGUAGACCAGUCCUACCGAAUAUGAAUGAUUCCAAAUGGAUAUAGGAAGUUCUGGUCCUAUUAAUGUGUCUGAUCGGACUGCAUGGAGUCGACAACAGUACCAGGGACAGAUAUCUGACAGCCGGGGAAACACAUUGUGAUUAACAGUAUUUACAUAUUUGUCAGGUGAUUGAGAGCUUCUGUCAUGUCGGAAACGGCUAUCAUCAAUGUGACAUUUCUCGUGAUAAAAUAAUCAUUCAAAUUUAAUUAGGCCAGGGGUUAGAUUAUAUCCGAUUCUGAAACCAUUGUGAUUAUUCGUAAGUUUUUAUAGUUAUGUUUAUUUAAUUCAAUUUAAAAUGUUGACGAAGACUUUGUCCAAUAUAGUAGUAUUCGUGACGUUUUUGUUCUGAUGGAAUAUAAAUUCAAAAUGAGCCAAGUUUUGAGGUGCGUUGUCUGCAGAGAGGGAACGGUAUGAAGAAGUUGAAUUUGUUGGUGUUGCUGGCUGUUGUUUUGUCUGCUGUAUCACUGGUCAGUGUUACCAUAGCAGACGUGACUGACCACUGGGGAACUAUUGACCAAUCAGGAGAGGUCCUUCGCGUUCCGUGGACAACGUCUACUGUUGUUGGACUUUGGACGACCUGUACGUCCCGUGUGUCGGGAUUCGUCCGCGAGGAAGUGUACACAUACAGUUGUUAUCUGACCAAGGACGGGGACCAUGUUUCUGCAAGUUCCCUGGGUGUGAGCCAAGGUUUUGUGAUUGUGUCUACCGCAUUUACGGCUUUCGCAGUUUUGGUUGGAGGAGCACAUCUACUCGUUUUCUCAAGCAAAACUCUUGUACUUGUGGCUGCAACCAUUCUCUCCAUACUAUCAGUGGUUUCGUCAAGUAUUUCUCUCGCUGCAUUCCAGUUCAGUUUUAAGACGGUAUUUGCGCCUAGUUGGUCCUUCUAUGUAUGCACGGCUUCCCUGGGAUGUAAGGUGUUGGCAGCAGUAACAUAUAUAGCUACGACACUGAAAGCCUGCAGCAAACCAAACGCGGUGAGGAACGAACACGAGACGAGUGGAAAACCUAUCGGGGACGAUGAAGCUAAGAUAGGCGAGAAGAAAUCAAUUGAGGACGGAAAAUAGUUUAAAAAAUGCAUUAUUUUAAAAUAUCAAAUUGCAUAACUACAGUGCAAGUUCCAGCAGAAUGUGUGAGGAUUUGUAGAGCUUAUCGUCCACAGUGCAGUAUGAAUAAUUCGUUCUUCGUUUACACCUUCACUUAGAAUUGAUAUAGGCACUCUAUCAUGUUAGUGCAUUAUACAUUAGAAUAUAUCUAUUUACGUUGAGCUAUAUCUACCCCACAACCUUUAAACCUAACUAUCAAUGUAUUGUCUAUCAUCUGUUAAGUGCUUUCACGCCUAUGUCAAACAAACGUGCCAACCAUUGACAUGCAACGUAUCUAACCACAUUCAGAUGGCAUUCACAAGAGCUUUGAAUGCCAGGUGCCGAUUGUUUUCGUAAUCAUUAUUAUGACGUCAUACUUAUUCAGUUGAAUACAACUUAUCCUGUCUAGACAGACGGAGAUUCUUUUCAUAAACCAAGAAUAUACAGUGAAUACAUAAGUUGAACUUAAUGCUGAAAAAUGAUAAAUGUAAUCAAAUUUUCUGUAUUUAACGUAGCUUAAACCUUUGUCAGGAGCAGCAAAUAAUAUAUCUUUGAACAAGUAUAUCAUGUAAAUUGUACAGGAACAAAUUGCAGCGAACCUCCCUCGGGGAAAAGAGUCAAUGUCCCAAAACAUAGUCCACGUUCUCACGUUUCAAAUGUUCGGUUACCCUGUUAAGAUUAAUAUGACCAUACUUCUCAACAUAAUGCAGUAUAAUGCUUACAUAUAUAUUCAUCUGAAAUGUAUUGUUGUCGGUGUACGGUGUUCCUAUCCUGUGUUCGUCGUUUAUAUGUUCUUACUGCUAUACACAUGCAUUACUGUUCAUGUACUGUUUUAAAACAUAGCUAUGAAGUGAAAAAUCCAACGACUUGUUACAGUAUUAACGAGAACAUUAAAUAUCAUACUCUUAACUGUCAUAGCGUCAGCGCCAGACAUAUUGAUAUGAAAUGAUAUUUCACUACAAUACAAUAUUUAAAUUAAUGAUGUUUUCUUUGUGUACAAUGAUCUGGAUACUUUGUUGUGUUUUGUUAAACUGUUGCGCCUUACCUUUGUUCUUAUUAUACGCUUAUUAA